AGCAUGCAUAUAAUAUGGUUUUGUUAUACAUUUUUGGCUCGGACGUUCAAUUUUUCUCGGGUGCCUUGCGCGCACGCGUACUUGAGAAGUUUCACUCCCACAAAAGACAUAGAACAUUAAAGUCUUGAAAAUUAAUCAAAGAAUCAGUUAUUUCCAGUGCACCAGUAGCGGGUGUACCCAACUCAAUAAUCCAAAUUCUCCACCUCAUUGGAUUCAUUGGGUGGAUUUUGUGCGUUAUUUAGAGUACGUUGAUUUUCGCGCUGUCUCGCUAGUACGAAACGCUCUCGCCUCGCGGCCCUUCGUCUCGUUCAAUAAUCCAUCAACCGACUCGCUAUUCAAUCGAAGCACGUGACAGUAGCAGACGCUGACACAGGCAACGAUCAUCGUCAUCGACAUCCGUGCGAGCUGAGCGUCGUCUUCGUCAUGCCUCCGACACCCGACUCGUCCGGCGCAUCCAGCCCCGCCGCCAAAAGGCAGCUCAGAAAGUACGCAUCGGCGAUCGCGUGGGCGCUCGCGACGAAACCCAAGCCGUCGCCCCGAGACCUGCCGCCCGCCGAGGAGACCGUCUACCUGCGCUGCGACGAGGCGAGCGCGCGAGUCUUCCUGUGCGACCGGCGCAAUCUGUGCGAGCGCAGCUCCGUCUUCGAGCGCGAGCUGACCAAGACCAGCGCGCCCCGCGUCCUACUGUUGCGCGGCCUCGAGGCGGCCUCGGUGCUCCAUCUCCACGACGCUCUGACUUUCGGCAACGCGCUGGUGCUGCACCACGAGCUGCCCGGCUAUCGUCGGCUGGCCGAGUCGUUGGGGCUCAGCGAGAAUAUCGGCGUCAACGCGUUUCCCUGGGACCAUCCGCAGGAGCAGAAAAUCGAGAGGAAGCGCUUCUGCCGCCAGGUGGACGCGUCGAGCCCCGCCUGGGGACAGCUGGAUAUCACGAUCGACGGCGAGAACCUGGAGUUCAAGCCGACCCUUAUUUCGCCGAAAGGGUCGCCGAAGAGCUGGCGCGACGACCCCACGGAGACAAGGGGAUAAUAAUAAUUCAUAUUUUAAUCAUUAUAGUGCCAUUAUCACGACUUGUGCAAUAAUAUUUUAAAUAAAAAGACUUGUAAUUUUAAU